AUGGAAGACUCUUUAGCAACUAUGCAACAAUCUAUGAAAACUGUUGAUCAAUGGGGCGAAUUGGGAGAAGCUAGUUCCCUGCCGGUGGAAACCAACCCCAUGAGGACUCCAAGUCCUAGUGAAAAGUCCGCGUCCUGGUUUUCCGAUGGGUCCCAGGAGGAGCUGGUGGAUUCCAGUAUCCCAGAGACGGUUCGGAAGGGUCAGCGAGAGACCUGCCGCGCGGAAGGAGGGAGGGAUGCGUCAGAGUACCAAACCCUAAACCCUCGUGAGGAGGUGCAAGCAGAGGCAGCUUCUGCACGUCCUAGGGAAAAUUUUCCUGUUUACACAGAGUCUAAAGAGAUGGAUUUCUCGGAAGGACUUGAUGUGGAAUGGACUCGAGAUCCAGUGGACGGUGGAUUCCGUUCCAGAGAAAAGUGUCCAAAAGUCGGUGAGGCUAUUUGUCUAGCACCACGAUACGACCGGAAGGCGUAUGAUUUUCAAAGUCUAUCGCAACAGCGACAAGUGAUGACGGAGAGAGAGUACAGCCGAGAGGCGUAUGGGCCAGAUGUGCGCAGGAAGGUGGAGCAGCCUUCGCUUAACCCGGGAAAGGUCUACUCGCCCGUCGGUGCUCAACAAGUGCGCGUGCCAGUACGCCGGUAUGUAACGGAGGAGGAAGAGUUUUUUCAAAGACCCCAACGUGAAUGCGUGGCGGCAGACCAGCAACGCCCGGAUGGGUGGAUGGCGCCUAGCAGAGUUCCAAGGUAUGAACCUGUCCCAGUGCGGGGGGGAAACCAGCAACAACCGCCCCCCCCAGGACUGACUUUAAAUAACCUUAAUUGGAAGGUAUUUCAGAGGUAUCAACCUCCUACUGAUGUACUGUGUUACCUAAACCUUUUUGAAGUAACUUGCAAGGACAUGGGAGUCGCCCCAGAACUCUAUAUGGUGGUUUUGCGCUCCCUGGUCUGUGGGGAUUUGUCAGAAUUGAUGGGACAUCUUCCCCAAGAUGACUUAAAUAACUAUGAGAAGUUUAAAAAACUAGUUAUGCGGCGGCUUGGAUUACACCCUGAGCAAUAUAGAAAAGCCUUCCGAAAGGUGGAGAAGGGUGGGCUCACUGACAACAUAGCCGUAUUUUCUGCAAAGAUGGCUCAGAAUUUCGAACUGUGGCUGGCAGCCGAGGGGGCUGGGAUGCGAAAGGAUAUCAAGCAGCUCCUGUUGAUUGAGCAGUUCAUGCGGUCAUUGUCCCCUGGAAUUGCUAGCUUGGUUGCAGAUCAAAAGCCACUCAAUAAAACUGUCGUGGAAUCCUAUCGGGACUCUGGCUCAGACAUUACAAGCGUGUCUAGAGAUCUGGUCUUGCCUAGCCAGAUGCAGGCAAAGCCUCUGAAGAUUAGUCCAUACGGGGUAGAGGAGAUUUUUCAGCCAACAGCAAUAGUUCCCCUUAAAUACAAAGGCUACAGCGGGGAUCAUUUGGUGAUUGUUCAUGACCCACAAGUUUGCAAAAGCCCCGUCUUGGUUGGGAACGAUCUUGGAUUUCAAGUUUACUUGCAACAACAAAUCAAGGUGAAUCCAGUAACUGUAGCAUCUGUCCCCACCCCGAUUCAGGCAGGGACUGACUCUGUUGAGCCUGAGACAGGGUUGGAUGGAAAACCCGGAGGGGAGGGAGAGUUACCAAUCUUGGAUGCGGAACCCAAAAAGGACUUUGAUGCCUCUGUCGAACUGGGGGAUUUGGGUCAGAAGGUGGGAACUCACUAUGAUAAUCUGCCCAAUGAGCUACAAAGAGUCCCCUUGAAAGCAAAUGUUUUGGAGAACCUUGUCCCGGAUAGGGAGGGUGGAAGUGUGGCGCCUGAUACUAUAACUCCCAAAACUACUGAGACUGUUGAGACUGUAAUAACUGAGAAAUUGGUUGGGAGGAGGGUUGGCUUGAUACGAAUUGCCACUCCUUGUGUUAAUGAGCCCUGCUCAGCGUCUGACGUCAUCCCCAGGGUUCAUCGAGUUGUUUGUGCCUUCUUUUCAAAGUAUGGACUCUGUUUCCGUGACUUUAUCAAAGGACUCAGUUUUGUCUCUAUGGAACCAGCCUGA